AUGGUCUUCCCCCUUGGGAUCACCGCACCGAACCUUCCUCUGUCGACAUGGAGCUCCACAAUCGCUGCCACGGAUGCUGAUGUGGACUGGACGGCGCUGAGAAGCCGCGUGGCGAAACUGAGCAACAGCAGUCCUGCUUCAGGGAGAAAAAGCGGCGAGGAGUCUAAUAACGGGGCGGUCAACGGAUCAGUAAGAACCGCCCCAGGGUCUCGAGUAGCUGACGAGAGCGACAGCGAUGGGGAUGAGAGGGCGUCGUCUGAGAAUGGUUCGCUCAGUGUGCCUGGUGAUGUGUUGGUGCAUAAGAAGCUGGGGAUAUGCCGGUUUACUGGGACGCGGGUGGAGGUGCCGGCGGGGCGGCAGCGGAAGGUGAAGUACCUGCUGCUGCAAUUCGCGGAUGGCUCGGCGAAACUCAGUGCGAAACAGGCGAAACAAGUGCUUUACAGAUUUGGCAUUGCGGGUCCCCCAGGCCGCUCCCCUCCGCUGAGCAAGAUGCAGGACCCAAGCUUGUGGGAGAGGCGGCAAGCCAAGGGCAAGGAGGCAGUGGAGCGCAUGGUGGGGGAGAUGAUGGACGUCUAUGUCAAGAGGCUGCGGCAGCGGCGGCCUGUUUACCCCAAGUUUGAGGCGGAAAUGCAGCGCUUUGGCGAGUCGUUUGCGUACAAGCCAACCCCGGACCAGGAACAGGCAUUCCUAGACGUGGAGAGGGACAUGUGUGAGAGGGAGACCCCCAUGGACCGCCUUGUGUGUGGCGAUGUGGGCUUCGGCAAGACUGAAGUGGCUGUGAGGGCCAUCUUCCGAGCAGUGCUGGACAAGAGACAGGCAAUGGUACUAGCCCCAACCACAGUGCUGGCCAAGCAGCACUUCAAGGUCAUAUCCGCACGCCUCAAGGACUAUGGCGUUCGCGUGGCCCUUCUCUCACGAUUCCAGAAGGAGAGUGAGAAGAAGGAGGUGCUGGCAGGGAUAAGGGACGGCACAUUGGAUGUGGUGGCAGGCACGCACUCCCUGCUGGGGGCGCAGGUGGUCUACCACAACCUGGGGCUGCUCGUGAUCGAUGAGGAACAGCGCUUUGGCGUGAGGCAGAAGGAGCGAAUCAGCAGCCUCAAGACGAGCGUGGACGUGUUGACCCUCUCGGCCACCCCCAUCCCGCGCACGCUCUACAUGUCCAUGCACGGCUUCAGAGACGCCAGUCGCAUCACCACCCCCCCUCCCGAGCGCCAGCCCAUCGACACACACUUGCUGGAGUUCGAUUUGGAAAACGUCAAGAGAGCGAUAGGGGACGAGCUGGAGAGGGGUGGACAGGUGUUCUAUGUGGUGCCAAGGGUGGAAGGCAUAGAGGAGAUCCAGAUGCUUCUGGAGGAGCUCUUCCCUUCCGCUCGUGUUGACGUGGCACAUGGCAAGCUCCGCCCCACGGACCUUGAAGCAGUGAUGGAGCGGUUUGGAGAGGGGGAAAUAGACGUGCUGGUGUGCACAAGCAUCAUCGAGAGUGGGAUUGAUAUUCGCACCGUCAACACUAUUGUUAUUGAAGACACCCACCUGUUUGGACUCGCCCAGAUCUACCAGCUGCGAGGGCGAGUGGGUCGAUCGAGCAGCUCAGCCCACGCCUAUCUCUUUCACCCACCCCUGCACUGCCUAACACCUGAAGCUCAGGUGAGUAUGGGCUCAGGGAUACCUGCUGGGGGAGGGAUACCUGCUGGGGGAGGGAUACCUGCUGGGGGAGGGAUACCUGCUGGGGGAGGGAUACCUGCUGGGGGAGGGAUUCCUGCUGGGGGAGGGAUACCUGCUGGGGGAGGGAUACCUGCUGGGGGAGGGAUACCUGCUGGGGGAGGGAUACCUGCUGGGGGAGGGAUACCUGCUGGCACAGAGGGACAGAGCAGGGGUUCUGGCAUGCUGCUGUUGCGAUCCGAAUCACUAUUCUCCCAUGCCCCAUGCCCCAUGCCCACUUUCUCACCCCUCCAGGAGCGGCUGAGAGCAUUGCAGCAGCACAGCGGGCUGGGGGAGGGGUACCUGCUGGCGCAGAGGGACAUGGACAUCCGGGGCAUUGGGGAUGUGUUUGGGGAGCGGCAGAGCGGGGAUGUGGGCGGUGUGGGGUAUUACUUGUUCAUGGAGAUGCUUCAUGAGACGCUCACACGGGUGGAACAGAAGAGCCUGCCGCGAGUGCAAUUCAAGGAAGUGCGGCUGGACCUGCCUCUCGACCCUCUGCCCCCCAUCCCAGCAUCCUACGUCUCGGAUGCCGCUGUGAGGGCCAGCCUUCCCGGGGAAGCAGAGGAGGCGGCAGCAGAGGGGAUGCCGGCACUGCUGGCGUUCUGUAAAGAGAUGCGCUCCGAGUAUGGGGAUGAACCUGCUGCAGUGGAGUUACUUUUCAAGCAUCUGUUUGUGAGGCGCAUGGCGGCAGAUUUGGGUGUCUACCGCAUUCUACAGCGGGAGCAGGGCACAACCAUUGUCAUGGAAACUGCCAUGAAGCUUCCAGCCUUUGAGAUCCUGAGGGAUGCUGUGCAGCAGAAGGUUAUGCGUGAAAACCUCUCCUUCCGAUCCGGAAGAAUAGAGCUGCAAGGAACGAAGCUUCUGUCGGCAGAAAGGGUGUUGGAGCGUGCACUGACCUGUUUGGCCCAGAUGCGCAACGCGCUUCCAUCAUUUGUGAAUUUCUUAUGA